ACUUAUAUAUAUACACUCCGUGCUGGCGAUGUUUUAUUAUUAGUAGAUCGUCGAAGCUCGUUGCGAAUCGCCAUGGCCGCGCUCGUGACGACCCUCCCUGCGAUGCAGCUGGUUUGUAAUUUGGUGUUCGUCGGUAACGGUACCAAUUCCGCUUUGCCUCUACCGGGAGCACCAAUAAAAACAUCGGUCCUCCCCGAAGGCUACAUCGCGUAUCCCGAGAUCGGCGUAGCUUACAAAGUCCACGAUGAGAUCGUUUCAUGGUUUGUCGCCAAAGAAAAAUGCAGCCGGGAUGGCGGUAACUUGGCGGUGAUUGAUUCGCUUCAAAAAUUGGCAUUCGUCAAGGCUCAAAGAAAGUCGAGAGACCUCACGCACGUCGGUAUUAAUCGGAUAGAAGGAAUCAACGGAUGGCUGAGCGCAAAAACCGGUUUGCCACUGUCUAACAUACCGUGGGCACCGGGCGAGCCAAACGGAAGCGGAAACUGCGUGGAAAUAAAACGCGAGGAAAAUGGACUCGGGGCAUACUUGUGCAUCUCACCAGGGGAUUACGUCUGCGAAAUUCCGAUCCCCGAAAACUACAUUGCGCAUUUUUGAGAUCGAGGAAUUCGUACCAGUGGGCAUAAAAUAUCAUCCCACACGCUGUGCGUGUACCAAUAUAUCUAUGCGUGUAUGUAUUUUCAAACACACACGAAACUCUGCACGUUUCAUACUUGACAUAAUUGGCAUGAUUUGAAUAAAAACUCUGCAUCGCUACUAAA